AAUGUAUGACUGAUUUGGCUCUGGUUAUGACUCCAAGCAAAGUUGAGUUUCAAUGUCCCUUCUUUUAUACUUGUUGGAGCUCUUUGAGCCUGUUUGGUUGGUGUUGAUUAAUUCUUGUUUACAACUUACUAAGUCCCAGUGUCUUCUGUUGAUAAGGUUAUUUUUGUCCUCUCAUCUUCCAUAUUGCCCUUUUUCAUAUGUUGUUUACUUCUUCAUGUCCUCCAAGUUCAGUCAUCUUCUUUAUCUCCUUUUUCUAUAUGUUGUUUACUUCUUCAUUUGUUUUCAGCGAGCCUGCUUUCCACAGACCCUAUUGACUUUUUGGGCUGGAAAAUUUGCUACUGUGGGAAGUCGCCCUGUAUACAGUAGAAUAUUUAGCUAUAACCCAGUCCUUUAAAAAUUAGAUACAAGUAAUACCCUUCUCCUAGUUGUGACACCCAAAAGGUCCCAGGCAUUGACAAAUGUUCUUUAAUGAGCAAAUUUUCCCCAACUGAUAAUCAUUUAGCACUCUCUUUCUCUCCCUCUUUGUCUCUCUCCCUUUCUCUCUCCUUCUCUUGCUCUAUGUAUAUAUGCUUUAUUUGUUGGAGGUGGGUUUACUUUCAAAUACCUAUACUGGAAAGCUUGGAUUAAUCUUAUUCUUUUAGUAUAUUGACUUUGUAUACAAAUAUCUACCAGAUGAUACUGCAUAAAAGCUAUUGACAAUGCUGAUGUCUCUAUCCAGAAUAGGUUUCCUGACAGACCAAGAUGGGCAAACACAAUCUAACAGCACUGAAUGAAUUCAUUCUGAUGGGAAUCACAGACCGCCCAGAGCUGCAGGCGCCAUUGUUUGGGCUGUUCCUCAUCAUCUACAUGACCUCAGUGGUGGGCAACUUGGGCAUCAUCAUCCUCACCAAGAUGGACUCCAGGCUACAAACACCCAUGUACUUUUUUCUCAGACAUCUGGCUAUCACUGAUCUUGGUUACUCAACAACUGUGGGACCGAAAAUGUGCAUAAAUUUUGUUGUGGAUAAAAAUACAAUCUCCUAUUAUUUUUGUGCUGUACAGCUAUCUUUCUUUCUUGUGUUCAUCAUUAGUGAAAUUUUCAUUCUGACAGCAAUGUCUUAUGACCGUUAUGUGGCCAUCUGUCACCCUAUGCUCUACACAGUCAUCAUGUCACAAAGGGUGUGUCAGGUGCUGGUGUCAAUCCCGUAUCUCUACAGCACAAUUGUUUCUCUUCUGGUCACCGUAAAAAUUUUUAAAUUAUCCUUCUGUCAUGACAACGUCAUCAGGCAUUUCUACUGUGACAGUCUCCCCUUGUUAUCUUUGCUCUGCUCAAACACACAUGAAAUUGAAUUGAUCAUUCUAAUCUUAGCAGCUUUAGAUUUGAUUUUAUCACUUCCGAUAGUUCUUGUUUCUUAUCUUCUCAUUCUUGUAGCCAUUCUCAGGAUGAAGUCAGCUGAAGGCAGGCACAAGGCCUUCUCCACCUGUGGAUCCCACCUGACAGUGCUGGUAGUAUUCUAUGGGACUUUAAUCUUUAUGUACAUGCAGCCCAAGUCCAGUCAUUCCUUUGACACUGAUAAAGUGGCUUCCAUAAUUUACAUCUUGCUGAUCCCCUUAUUGAAUCCCUUGAUCUAUAGCUUGAGGAACAAAGUUGUAAUAAAUGCCCUAUAUAGGACAUGGAAAAAAAUUUGCAAUAUAUUUUCUAUAGUUCGAUGUACCACACGGUUCCCAUAAGUUACACCAUGAGCUUUAAACCGUGUCUAUGUGCCUCUAUAGAG